AUGCGCCUCGUUGGUCCGCCAUGGUUGGCCUGCCGCGCAAUAAUGUACGCUGCUGCGCAGGCGCCAAAACCGCGGCGCGUUACAUCGGCGCUCCGUGCCUGCAGGCGCCAUGGCUGGCUGCCGCCCCCGAAAGCCUUUACCACGUGCCGCACCCUUCUAUCAUUCGCAAUGCCCGCUCGCGCGGGGCGCGUAAGUACCAUGAGCAAGCGCGCAUGUGGUCGCGGGCUUCAGAGCUCAAUGUUAGAAGAGCCGGGUAGUCGUGUCAGGACUGAUCUUUGCCUGCUUAGCACCUACACCGAGGUUUGA